GGAGUCGUACAUCAAAUGGAGAGAGAGAGAUAGGCAGCAUGUUCAUUACGCCAGUCACGAAAAAUAAAAGAGGUCAAAAAUCAGCUAACGAGCGUACAAUACAGGCCUGAUACCCCACAGUUGGUUCUGGAGCUAGACGGUAGCCGGUCAGUCUGGGCGGAGUCUCGGAACCAACACUAUUCUGUUUUGGUUUCUCUUCGCGGGGUUCUAUCAAGGAGUUCAAGGUCCGACCUUUUAGGAUACGUAUGGAGGGUUUCAGUAUGAGGCUGGCUUUAAUGCAGGUAUGCUGACAUGCUGGCCCAAAUUAGGCUACCAACAUACAGCAUCGACGCUAAUAGACAGCUCCGCUGGGCAUGUUCCAGCUCCGACAAAAGUGCUAAUCUCCCAAAAGAUUGGCAGUAUUUCGGUUCCAGUCCAAGUAGGCGACGCCCAGAGUCCGCCUUGAAAACAGAGUAAAUAGCAGAUUCGAACGCUGCUAUAAUGACAGGAACCCAUGUGACCGGUUUGCCCUGGACCACCUCAGCAAAUCCGGGCAAGUACACUGGUACCGCGAUUGUCAAGCCCAAUGGUUCCAAGGUUCCUGACGGCCAAGGCAAAAUAAUUUAUAACGACGGAGAGUCCUACUACGAAGGACAGUGGCAAAACGGUGAACGAUGGUUCAAGGGCGCAUAUUCAUGUCCAGACUACAUCUACGACGGCGAGUGGCGUCAUGAUGCGCCGAACGGUCGGGGAGAGAAGCAAUGGAAAAAUAAGGGUAUUUAUAUUGGUAGCUUCGUUAACGGGAAAAGAGACGGUGCCGGAAGUUAUACUUUACCGGAUGGCAUGACUAUCAACGGGAUCUAUAAGAGCAACAAUUUGGUUGGAAAGUUCACAAAGCGCUGGCCUAACGGGGACUAUUAUACGGGAACCUGGGAUGACAGAACUGAUACAGGACAAGGAUACGGGCGCCUUCACAAGUCAAAGGGGCAGAUAUAUGAAGGAGAUCUCAAAGACAGGGGUAUUCCUCAUGGGCAUGGGAAAAUGAUCUACGAAAACGGAAAGGUUAGACGUGGGACUUGGAUAGAUGGAAGUUUCCAGGACAACUGAUAUGUUAAUGUACAGACAACUGUGAAUUGUGCAUGCC